CCGCACACGCAGAGCGGGGGUGGGCGGGGGCCGGCGGAGUCUCCGCCUCAGGGGAACGCGGCAGCAGCCGGGGCAAAGUUUGCCGCCGCCGGGGCUGCUGAGGGCGCCGCUGGGCCGGGCUCCGAGCGAAGCCGGGCGCCGGGCUCCAGCCCCGCUGCCCUCGGCCCUGUGCGCUGCUGCCCGGCGCAGGAGUCCCGCGGCGGGGGCGGGCCGGCGCCAAGUUGAGCGGGGUCUCGGGCGGGCUCGGAGCGCGGGGCCGCCCGCGGCGGGGCGCUGCCUCCCGGAGCGCCGGGCAGGGGCGCCAGCAUGUCCUCCAUCCUGCCGUUCACUCCCCCCAUCGUCAAGCGGCUGCUGGGCUGGAAGAAAGGGGAGCAGAACGGGCAGGAGGAGAAAUGGUGCGAGAAGGCGGUGAAGAGCCUGGUGAAGAAGCUGAAGAAGACGGGGCAGCUGGACGAGCUGGAGAAGGCGAUCACCACGCAGAACAUCAACACCAAGUGCAUCACCAUCCCUCGAUCACUAGAUGGCCGGUUGCAAGUAUCCCACCGUAAAGGGCUUCCCCAUGUGAUCUACUGCCGGCUAUGGCGUUGGCCAGACCUUCAUAGCCAUCAUGAGCUGCGUGCCAUGGAGAUGUGCGAGUAUGCUUUUAACAUGAAGAAAGAUGAAGUCUGUGUCAACCCCUAUCACUACCAAAGAGUGGAGACACCAGUUUUACCUCCAGUGCUGGUACCGAGGCACACAGAGAUUCCAGCAGAGUUCCCGCCAUUAGACGAUUAUAGUCAUUCCAUUCCAGAGAACACUAACUUCCCGGCAGGUAUUGAGCCACAAAGCAACUACAUUCCAGAGACACCACCUCCAGGUUAUCUGAGUGAGGAUGGAGAAACCAGUGACCAUCAGAUGAACCACAGCAUGGAUGCAGGUUCUCCAAAUUUAUCUCCAAAUCCUAUGUCCCCAGCACAUAAUAAUCUGGAUCUGCAGCCUGUUACCUACUGCGAGCCAGCUUUCUGGUGCUCUAUAUCCUACUAUGAACUCAACCAGAGAGUAGGGGAGACAUUCCAUGCUUCACAGCCUUCUAUGACCGUGGAUGGCUUCACCGACCCUUCUAACUCAGAACGCUUCUGUCUUGGCUUAUUGUCUAAUGUGAACAGAAACGCAGCCGUGGAGCUCACAAGACGACACAUUGGAAGAGGAGUAAGGCUGUACUACAUUGGAGGAGAGGUGUUUGCCGAGUGCCUUAGCGACAGUGCCAUUUUUGUCCAAUCUCCUAAUUGUAACCAACGCUACGGCUGGCACCCGGCAACUGUUUGCAAGAUUCCACCAGGGUGCAACUUGAAGAUUUUUAACAACCAGGAAUUUGCAGCCCUCUUGGCUCAGUCUGUGAAUCAGGGUUUCGAGGCUGUGUAUCAGCUGACCAGAAUGUGCACAAUCCGAAUGAGCUUUGUCAAGGGCUGGGGAGCUGAAUACAGGCGGCAGACUGUGACCAGUACCCCCUGUUGGAUUGAACUGCAUCUUAAUGGCCCUUUGCAAUGGCUAGACAAGGUCCUUACACAAAUGGGUUCCCCAAGCAUUCGUUGUUCCAGUGUAUCUUAAGGAAACAUCUCCUUGGGGGGCAAAACAAGGACUCUGGAAAAUGGAAUCAGUUUAACCCUUCGCAAAAAGCAUAAUAAAUAAAUUCUCCAUAGUAUUCACAUGAUCAGAAAAAACAUCAAUUGCAAAAACAAGAGGUUGUUUUUAAAUGAAGUGCUCAUUUUAAGCCACUUCCCUGAAACUGUUAGCACAUAUUAUGGGCUAUUGGAGUAAGAAUUUGAAGCUGAUGUUUUUCAUGCUAAGAACACGGACUUCCGUUUUAGUGGAGUGAAGCAAACAUUCUGCAUUUAAAUCCUUGUAGUGCCUAUGUUGCCUCUGCUAUGUACAGCUCCGAGCAUAGGGAAGCUGCUUUCAUCAGGUGCUCACUGGGUUGGGGGAGGUUUUCUCUUUGUGUUACAGAACUUCAGCCCAAUGCAACGUAGCAUCUCUGUAAAGCAGAUACCAUUGAACGUUGCUGCUAAGCCGUGCUUCUGCGUUGCUCUUCGACAGCCUGACGGGCAUGUGUCUGCCCUUCUGAAUGGGCCAACCACAGCAGAGGGGCAGAGGUGUUAAAUAAAAACAACACAUUCACAAAAGAGAUCCCUCCAACAAAGCACUGAGGAGUCCUCCAGAAAGUGUUUUUCCCUUGUAGACAGCGGACAAUGAGGCAGGCCUGGCUUUGUGCGUGAGAUGUAUAGUUAAUAUCACCGGAAUCUUGGAGACUGGAUUUACGUGAAGCAAAAGACCAAUGUUAAGGUUUGUUUUAAUGUCGCUGCAGUGAUAUUGAUUGGCUAGGGCAGCUCUCAGAAAAGUGUUUGUAACUCAUUGCAAUGAGCUCUUACCACAUCUGGAUGAGUUAAGCCUUCCUUGCUUGGUAGUCCAUCUGCAUUAAUUACAUGAACUUCUGUAUUGUAUCCUCUCGAUAUGUUGAAUGGUAUCUUACAUUUUUUUUAAAUGUUAUGGGCUUAGUGAACUUAGUGGUGGGCCCUAGAGAGGAGAGCUAUCCCGUCCUUGCUGCCACAUUCAGAAAGAGCACAUGGGCGUAACCUGAUUUAGAGCAUACAGUGCCAUCGCAUAUCACUCUACAAAUUUAGCUAUAAUAUCUCAGAUACAGAAAUACUCUCUGUAGUUAAAAACUAUGGUCAAGGUGUUUUGUUGCCUGUUAGAGGAAAGUACAAGGGGAGACUGUUUUUUACAUGUAUUAUAAAAUACUUUUAAAAAAAAAAAAAAUCCUCACUUGACAGUUAUAAUGGUGGUAGUUCCCAGUAAUGACUGUCAUGGCAAGCAGAAAUAACUUCCACAACUGGAAAAAACAAACAAACCCACACUGCUUGUUACAAGCUAAAAUUUGCCGUACACAUUUCUUAACUACUUCUUUGCCACUCGAUCAUCUGUUUUGCUUUGUUCCUGUUAAAUAUCAUACAUGUUUGUGCCAAAAUGUCAGGGGAAAAAAGCCAACCACAUUCAGAAUUUCCUAUGGAAAUCUGAUGUGGAAAGUGAAUUACAAAUCUAUGUCUGACUCUGGGAAGUAGAGAAUGCUCUUUGCAGUGCUUUGUGAU